UUUGACUGAUAAUUCAAAAGUAUACGCUUGAAUGAAUACGUGAUUUGUUUACAUAUUUCGAAUGUAUUAGUUUUUUACCACCUUUAUUAACGUGACAAGCUCAAGGUACGAUUUUUUUUCACCGUUUUUUUAAACCCAGAUUUGAACAAACAGCGAGUAAAUGAAAUGCCACUGUACGAGUGCUCCAUUAUUUUUGGUGCUUGCGCGUUGGUUGGCUGCGUAACCGUGCCCGAAACAACUGAGGAUGGUGCACUUAUGGUUCAGACGCCAACAACACCUCUGCCAGACCUCCAGACCUCACUAAAGAAGCACCGUAUUAACUUGAGUAGAGUUAGACCAGGAACAUUUACACUUCACAUGAUGUACGCAAAUAAAUCUGUCACAUUUGGUCGUGAGUUCACACCGAAAGAAUUAGAAAUGAUGCCUACCUCCAUGUACUACACUUGUCACGAAGAAGCUUUCCACACUUUAGUCGUAGUUGGUCUUGAUGUUCCAACUGAGAAAAAUCACACAAUGCGUGAGUGGGUACACUGGAUACUGGUCAAUAUACCAGGAUCUAAUAUCUCUGAAGGGGAGACGAUAGUGCCUUAUCAAGGACCUGGAUGGCCUUAUGGAAACGGUUCUCAUAGAAUUGUAUUCAUGAUCCAUGUACAGCCCUGGCCACACAAAAUAAGUUUCUCCGAAAAAGCUCAUGUCAACAGCCCUCACCGAUCAAAAUUUGACUCCUGGAGGUUUGCCGAGAAAUACGACAUUGGAUUUCCUGUUGCAGUUAAUUUCCUAAUCUGUAAAACGGAUUGGCCAGCUCAUGGUGGAUGGACAUAAUGUAAAAGUUAUUUUUAUUCAAUCAUUUUAUGUACGGUAAGAGCCAAAUUAUAGCAUCUUGGAACACGCUAAAGUGAAAUGUAAUAUUUAUAGGACCAAAAAAAGGAGAUUUUUUCCAUUCCACGCUGUGAACUAGAUUAAUCUUUGGCUGAUUCACCAUAUCUUCGAUAAUAAAACAGAAUUAAAAAAGGAAGAAUGAUGUAAACAAAUAAAUGACCAAAACAAUUGCUACGAUGUGAAAGAAUGAACAUUUAAUAACUCACAUUUCGCCUGUAAAUAGCACAUCGCUACAAGCAACCGUGUAUGACUGUAAGAGAACGUUUGAAGUGAAGGCGCUCUUAAAUUAUCGUAGUAUACCGUUGUGUCAAUAACUUCGGUUUCUAAGUUAGCCUUAACGUGUGUAAAUUCAAGAAUUCAAUUACAAAUUAUUAGAAACAUUGUA